AUGGGCUCCAAUAAUAUUCAAGAAGUUGACUUGGCGCCGCCGGAGGAAGAUAACAGCUUAGGUAUGGGCCGAUCAUAUGAGUGUGUAUUUUGCAAAAGAGGGUUCAAUACGGCUCAGGCUUUAGGUGGACAUAUGAAUAUCCACAGGAAAGAUAGGGCUAGGAAUAAGCCUGCAACUUCGACCAAUUCAAGUAAGCAUGAAGAGGAUUACACGGUUCCAAGAUUAUCGUACCAGCAAAUGAAUCCAAGCCACCAACCUUACUAUAUUGCACCUCACGAGACCACACAAUUCAAUUAUAGUAGAUCAUGUUUUCCUGCCUCUGGAUUGGCUGCGCAGCCCAAUUUCGCGAACCAUCAUUACAGCGCACAACGUUUCAAUCCAUUCGGGGUUGAUCAUUGGAGCAUGAGCUUCGGCUUGCCAUGUAGCUCUUCUGCACAUGUUGAAGACUUUGAAAAGGCCAGAAGAAUUGGAGGACAAGAAGAUGAACUAGAUUUGGAGCUUCGACUUGGUCCCUAG